AAGGACAGUAACAUCUUAGGCACAAGUUCCUUAUCUUUUACUUGGUAGGAUCUUCAUCCAAGCUCAACCCUCUCUGUCUUCAACUCAAUUUCUUCUCCUUCACUCUGCUCAGUGCUGCUGUCUCCUUCAUAAUUCAUAUGGCUGCCACACUCACACUUCUAAAGCUUCCAAUUCUUCCCAGCAAACCAAAACUGCCACGCCCCUCAACAACAAAAACUGUUCCAUUUCCUUCCAUCCAUUUAAACUCAAACUCAUCUUCUCCUAACACACACAAUUCUUCCUUCUUAGAUCAGAACAUCGAGCCUCUGAAGCCUGUUUUUCUUUCUCUCUCUGCAAUCACAUUUCCGUUCUUAUUGGAUUGCAAGGAUGCACUUGCUGUGGGAGGAGAGUUUGGGAUAUUGGAAGGAAGAUCGUUUGCUCUGGUACACCCCAUUGUGAUGGGUGCUUUUUUCUUCUAUACAUUGUGGGCAGGGUAUUUGGGGUGGCAAUGGCGGCGAGUAAGGACUAUCCAGAAUGAUAUCAAUGAACUCAAGAAUCAAGUCAAACCUACCCCAGUCACCCCAGAUGGAGAACCGUCACCAUCACCAUCACCAUCGCCAGUUGAACUCCAAAUACAGCAACUCACUGAGGAAAGGAAAGAGCUGAUCAAAGGUUCCUACAAAGAUAGACACUUUAACGCAGGAUCCAUACUUCUAGGAUUUGGGGUGCUUGAGUCUAUUGGUGGAGGAGUGAACACAUGGUUUAGGACAGGAAAGCUGUUUCCCGGUCCACAUUUAUUUGCUGGAGCAGGUAUUACAGUUUUAUGGGCACUUGCAGCAGCCCUGGUACCAUCAAUGCAAAAAGGAAAUGAAACAGCCAGAAAUCUUCACAUCGCGCUGAAUGCUUUAAACGUUCUGCUCUUUGUGUGGCAGAUUCCCACAGGAAUUGAUAUUGUGUUCAAGGUGUUUGAGUUCACAACAUGGCCUUGAGUGUAAGAUUCUGAGGUCUGACUUCUCUGCUAUCUUACUUUCAAUUUAGCUUUCUGCCAUUACAAACAACGCAAAUUUUGACAUUUUCGACUUUCCUUUAUACCAUGAUCAAGUGUCAUACAAUCAUUGUAUAAUUGCUUUAUUACACCAUUCUUUAGUGUAAAUUGACAUAUGUAUAACUUCUUACAGUCGCAUUAUUACUUAAUUUAUUGAGUAGUGCUUGCACUGUUAUAUC